GAUCGUUGAAACGUUUGACGAAUGUCAGUCGGAAAAUUUUUCAUUUCGAGUUCGAUUCUUUCUUCACCUUUUUUUCGGCUCCUUCAAUGUCUGGUGAUUUUUUUAAAGUUAUGUGGACCGCCCUAUUUUCCCUUCUCGCGUUUAUAACUAUUAUUCAGGCAGCAGGUCAUGGGGAACGAAUUUCAUUCAACACAGCGAAAUCAUGGGCCGGAAAACUUGGAUUUGAAUUGUCUCAACUAGGGAAAUAUGUAACAAACGUAGAAAAAUUUCAAGAGACAUACAAACAUGCGACAGUUCAGGCAAAAGACGGAAGUGCCCUCGUUAAAGAAAUGGCUAAGGAUAUUAAAGAGAUGAUGGAGUCGAAAAUAUCCGCCAUUAAACGAAUAAUGGACGUCGCUCAAAAAGUGGCUGAGUCAGCGCCAGAUGUGGACCCGCCGAAAGGAUUCAAAUACGUCAACGCGAAUAAUAAUACAAUUAUUUUAAAAAAUGAUUCGCAUUUUGGCGGCAAUGUCAACUUGAGCAUGUCGGCAGUUCACGUUCCCACGAAUGUUUAUGACGGCGCACCAGAUGUGAUCAGAGCGAUAAGGUGGUCUGAAACUUUAGACAAGACUUUUAUAGACAACUAUAAAAACGAUCCUGCUUUGUCGUGGCAAUAUUUUGGAAGUUCGACUGGUUUUAUGAGACAAUUUCCGGCAACGAGAUGGCAAAUGGAACCGGUGGAUCUUUUCGAUUGCAGAACCAGAAGUUGGUAUAUCGAGGCAGCGGCUAGUCCGAAAGACAUGUUAAUUCUGGUCGACACAUCUGGAAGCAUGAUGGGAAUGAGGAAAGAAAUUGCGAGGCAUGUUGUCAAUAAUAUACUAGACACUUUGGGAAACAACGAUUAUGUUAACAUUAUUACGUUCUCCAAUGAAACCAGCAGCGUCGUAGAAUGCUUUGAAGAUAAGCUGGUCCAGGCGAACUUGGCAAAUAUUAGAGAGUUGAAAAAAGGAAUUCUAAACAUGACAACUGAAAGAAUUGCAAAUUUUUCGAUGGUUUUAACGAAGGCAUUCAACCUUCUGGCUGAAUAUCGAAAUGGCGAAAGAGGGAAAUCGGGUGCUGGAUGUAAUCAAGCUAUAAUGCUGAUUACAGAUGGUGUUCCAGAAAAUUAUAAGGAUAUUUUUCGUGAUUAUAAUUGGUAUAAUAAUCCAACUGAUCCUCAAAAGGCAGAUAUGCCAGUGAGGAUAUUCACUUAUCUGAUUGGGAGAGAAGUAGCUGAUUACAGAGAAGUCAAGUGGAUGGCUUGCGCUAAUAGAGGAUAUUUUGUACAUUUGUCUACACUGGCGGAAGUUCGUGAGCAAGUUUUAAAUUAUAUUCCAGUAAUGGCAAGGCCAUUAGUGCUUAAGAAAGUUGGUCAUCCAACAAUUUGGACUCCAGUUUAUGCAGAUGUUGAAGAUCCGAAAAUGACAGAUUGGCUAUGGGAGCAAGAUCUUCGAAGACAACAAAAAUUAAAAUUCAUAAGAUAUAGAAAUCGAGUAAAUGAUUCUAUCGAGGAAUUCGAUCUGCCUGCCGUUCAUGAAACAGCAAAAACAAAUUAUAGAUUAAUGACAUCUGUUAGUAUGCCAGUCUACGAUACAAGAAUCAACGCGACGAGAAUAGCGAACCUUCUUGGUGUCGCUGGGACUGACGUACCGAUAACGGAGAUUCAGAGAUUUAUGAUGCCCCAUACGCUGGGCGUGAACGGUUAUGCCUUCAUUGUAACCAAUAAUGGUUACAUUCUCACUCAUCCAGACCUACGUCCUGUGUUUCUGGGUAUACUAAAACCUGCAUAUAAUAGCGUGGAUAUGGUUGAGGUCGAGUUGAUGGAUCAAGACAGAGGUCCGCGUGAAUUUGAUGAAGCUUUAAUCGCGCUCCGAGAUGACGUGAUUAAUCAGACAAGCGGUAGCGUGACACUUCACACGAGAUACCAUUAUGAUGAUAUGCAAAGGGUUGGCCGAGUGAAAAGAAAAUAUCAUUACAUGGGUAUAGAAAAUACAACAUUCACUGUCGUGGUCAGCUUACCCGAGUAUGAUCAAAAUGGGAACCGUAGGGUUCACGCUGCCGUGGAAACCAAAAGGUUACUGUCUCAAGGGACAAACGUACUUGCUUAUUUCUCAGGAAAGAAUUGGCGGGUACACCCCGAAUGGAUUUAUUGCAAUUUUUCUAGAUACCAUUACGAUGGUGAAUUCAACUUCAAUUCAUCGGAAGAGCUACUCCUUCAUUUUUUGAACAGAACUCGACAGCAGGAACCACCCUGGAGGUGGAUUGAUGCAAAACAAAGAUCUCAACCACCAGAAAAAUCAAACGCAAGUUCCAAGUCCUUCAGUAAGUCAGCAGACUCUUAUUAUUGUGACCGACAUCUUCUGCUGACUUUGGUGCAUGAUGCUCAGGUAACCCAGUGGUUUGGAAAUCCAGCUACAACUCGAGAUGAAAAAGGGAAAGAGUUCUGUCAACGAUUUGGACUUACUGUUGCGUUUAUGGCGACACACAGUGGCUUGACGAGAUGGCAAGAUUUUCCUUUCGAUGAAGCAGUUAAGGAAAAAACGCAAAACUUUGGUGAAAAAUAUCCUCGAGCAAUUGACGAAAUUUGGUACAAAAGAGCUGUGGAGCAACAUUACGUACAUCCGGAAAGUUUUGUUUUUUCAGUGCCUAUAUUGAAGGAUGCAAAAGAUUUUGUCGAUAAUUCGACUUUGGUCACUGCUAGUCGUGCUGUCUUUGUAGGUGGGGCUGCAAAAGCACCUGUUGGUGUGGUUGGCUUUCAAUUCCUGCAUUCAGCUUUGCAAAGUCUCUUCCAAAAUAUAACACACACUUGUGAUGGAACAGUCAAUUGUGCAAGAAAUUGCAGUGAUAAAAAUUUGGCUUGUUAUUUGGUGGACAAUCAUGGAUACAUUAUUGCUGCUAAUAAUGAUAAAGACUCUGGUCGCUUUUUCGGUGAAGUUCAUGGUAGUGUAAUGCGAAGCUUGAUGAAAAGGGGUAUCUACAACGAAAUUAUGAUUUACGAUUAUCAGGCUGUCUGUUUUGAUCCCACUGGUGAAUCCAACGAUGGCAGUAUUCUGAUGUCGCCUUUAAAAACUCUGCGAACAAUAGCAUCCUGGUUGUUUGGCCAAGCAGCUUGGGCAUUCGCAAAAGCUGGAAUCUGGCAUAGUGAUUAUGCAUACUCCAAUGAUGAAUAUUCAGCUGGAAGUUCUGAUAAUGAGAAUUCACAGCCUCCAGUAGCAGAGAUUAGAGAUGAAAAACAAUUUGAUAAUAGAGUUUUAAUAAAGAGGACAAGACCUCAACCAUGUGACAAGGAGGUGAACUUGUACCUUCUGAAUCACACUCACAGAGACUACGAUGUCGAUUCCGAUUCAGACAAUAUGUGCCACAGGCCCUACGUUGUGCAACCAUUAGAACUCAGCAAUAUGUUAUUGCUUGUGAUAGACACUAAUUGUGGAAACACGAACGACUUUCCUUUAAAAAUUACCCACAGUGAUAUUGUCCCGAAAAAUGCUUCAGACACACUCGCUUGUUGGAAGGCGGAGAGAUCUCUGAGACGAAAAAGACCACAAUCUUGUGUCCGAAGUCACAAGAAUGAGAGUGAAAUUAAAGACCAGUGUGGUCUUGCUGCAAACUUCCAACCAAAUCUGCAAUUAAUGUUAAUUUCUUUCUUAAUCUUCUGCUACCAAUUAAGAUCCUCUAUUUUAUCAUCCUAAGUACUUUUUUAUUUUUUUAAAUUUAGAUGUACGUGAAGACUGCUAAUCCAAAAUUCUCUAUUUUCCAAAAUUUGUAUUAUUACUUAGGAGAAAUAAGUAUGUAAAAAUAAGAUAUUAGCGGAUAUCUCAAAGAAAAUAUAUUCUGAGAACUUUGAAAUAGCAGUCAAAUAGUAGCAACUUUAGUUCACUUUUAGUUUUAGUUCAAAGAAUAGGAAAUUGAAAGACUGGUAUUUUUAAUUCAGGAAACGAAUUUCGUUUAAGAAAUUUAAUCCAGUAUCUUGAUCCACUUUGAUAAAAGAUUCUAGAUAGAAGAUACAAUAAUCAGAAAAUACAAUCUUCACUUUUACUAUACAUUUCCAUUGUAAAUAAAAUUUUCUAUUUAAGAAAUUAUUCCUGGUGAUGUCACGGACUUUUUUGGGGUUGAAAUUUAUUUCUUUCUUCGCAAAAUAUGAGACACCUAUUUUCUGAUUUUCUAGAAAAAAUUUGCUCGAUAUUAGGGCCAAUUAAAUUUUUAGGUGACUGAUGAAAAAAUUUUUAAAAUUGUUUUUGAAACGUUUUAUAUUGGAAAUAAAUAGACAUCAUUUAAUUUUUUAUGACAGUUUCUACUGCAAUCUACACUCUUUCA